GCAGAAGCAUCGCAGUCUGCUACCAACCAGUCUAAGAAAUCACCAACCACCAAGCAACAUGAAGUGCAUCGCCAUCAUCUCCACCAUCUGCCUGCUGGCCGCUUUCGUUGCCGCCGAUAAGGAGGAAAAGAUGCUCGGCUCGUCCUACGGCGGUGGCUACGGCAAGCCCGCCGCUGCUCCCGCUCCUCAGGCCUACGCUGCUCCUGCUGCUCCCGCUCCCCAGGCCUACGCUGCCCCGGCUCCAUCCUACGCUCCGGCCUCGAUCCCGGCUCCUCCCUGCCCCAAGAACUACCUGUUCAGCUGCCAGCCCAACCUGGCCCCAGUGCCAUGCAGCGCCCCAGCUCCCAGCUACGGAUCCGCCGGUGCCUACUCGCAGUACGCCCCCGUCUACGCCCCUCAGCCCAUCCAGUGGUAAACUAAGCCACAGGAGCCACUGAACCCAAGGAACAACAGCUACAUUGCAAGAAAAAAAUAAUAAAAAAAAUAUUUAUGAUCAAUCGUAA